CACACUACCCAUGCUGUUCCUUGCUGCGUUAGUCGGAGAUUCAGCCUUGAGUGAUAAGGUCGGCGUAGCGGCGCCCCAGCCACCAGCAAGUAACGCACGUCCGACGGCCCUCGCAAACGCACCCCACCGUCGGCCGGCGCCCAUGCCACCUGUGCUCUAGUGAAUUUUUGAGAGAAUUUCGAAAUUUUAAUUCAAGUGACCUGUCAGUGCAUUUACAAAUCGUCCGGACUUGUGUGAUGGCCUAGAGUUGGUUCUCCUUCGGCGUUGGACGAGCAGCAGGUUGGACGCGCGGAUGAGCGCCACUUUUCCGCCCCCGAGUCUCGAGCACCCGGCCACCAAGAUUGAGAACGUGAUCAACGAGUUGACAACAUCUCGGAGUGUUGUGAACCACAACCAAAGCAUGGACAUUCAAGCUAUGCAAUCAAUGGACUGGCUCUUCAAGAAAGAACGCAUUUAUCUCCUCGCGCAGUUUUGGCAGCAGAGAGCGACGCUCGCCGAAAAGGAAGUUUCCGCCCUGAAGGAGCAGUUGGCCGGCCAGGGUGACAACAACAACAAGACCUCGUCGGCACACGCGUCGUCCAGCAUGCCCGCCAAGCAGGCGAGCAGCGAGGCCUCCGAGAACAACCCCGGCCAGGGGGAGUCCGGGGCCCGACCGGGCUUCGAACAGGAAAUUGCAGCCAAAGAAAAAGAGAUCUCACAGUUGAGUGAAGACGUGCAGAGGUUACAAGCGGCGCUCGGCAGGGCCCAGGACUGCACGGCGGCGCAGGUGGCGCGCCUUGAGGAGCAGUUGGACCAGCGGUCGCAGCGCAUCGCCAGGCUAGAGGCGCGACUUGACGCCCAGAAGGACUAUGAAGAUCUCAAAAGGGAACUCAGCAUUCUCAGAGCGUUGGAUUUGCCAGCAAUUGCGGCCGCAGCGGCCACAGGCACUGAGAGCGGAGGCGGCGCCUCUAUGUCCACGCCGUCCGCCAAAGCCCUCGAAAUGCUGAACGAAGCUGCCGUGUCCAUGGCCGCAAGGGCCACGGCCACUCCACAGUCAUCGGCCGUCGAAGAGCAACCACAGCGAGGUGGUGGCUCUACUACACCCUCAACCCCCGCAGUUUCUGCCGCCGCAGCGUCGCUUUUCCCGCCCGGCCUGCAAACAGUAGAAACCUUCGGCUCCUUUCUAGGUGAAGAAAUCGUGGCCAAUUGGCGACGCUCCCUGGAACGCACCAUUCUAAGUCAAAACGCAAGCAGCCUGCCGUCCUCCGUCACCCAGUCCCAACAACCACCCCAACAGCAACAACAACAACAGCAGCAGCAACAACAACAGCAACAGCAGGAGGAAUCAGAAAAGUCUCCCUUGAAUGAGAUCAGGCCGUCGCCCCCCUCAACCCCUGAGACCGACCCCAAGGUCAACAGGGUCUCUUGUUCCCCUCCUCCGGCCCCUUCGACGCCCUCGAUGCAACAAAUGCUGCAACAGCACCAGGCCGCCCUGCAGCAGCACAUGCUGCUCAACGGAGGCCCCAAGUCGCCGCCCGGCGACUCGUGUGGCAGCGGCAUGCACAGCCCCAACGGCCCCCUGGGCCUCAUGAACCCCUCGGGGCCACCGACCUCCGUCGCCAGCGCCCUGAUGGGCUCCGAGCCCCCGAAAUCCAGUCCCUUCCGCUUCGACGAGCGAGGCCCUUUCCGGUUUGAGGACCGCCUCAGCCUGGGCGAGUCCCUCAUUCCCAAGGGCGACCCCAUGGAGGCGCGUCUGCAGGAGAUGCUGCGCUACAACAUGGACCAGUACGCCAGUCAGAAUUUGGACACUUUGCACAUUGCUCGUCGCGUGCGCGAGUUGCUCUCCAUUCACAACAUCGGCCAGCGGCUGUUCGCCAAGUACGUCCUUGGCCUGUCUCAAGGCACGGUCAGCGAGUUGCUGUCCAAACCCAAGCCCUGGGACAAACUGACCGAGAAGGGACGCGACUCGUACAGAAAGAUGCACGCGUGGGCGUGCGACGAGAACGCCGUCAUGCUGCUCAAGUCGCUCAUUCCAAAGAAAGGGGAAAUCUCACGUAAGCAAUGGCUUACAGGCAAAGAAGGCGCCGCCGGCAUUCCCACCUUCGGCGGCCGACCCGACGACUCGAUGACCGAGGAGCGGAUCGCGCACAUCCUCAGCGAGGCCAGUCAGGCCAUGAAGGGCGGCUCCAUGCCCGGAGCCCCGCCCGGAGUGUCCGCCAACCUUGCCGCGGCCGUCGCAGCGGCGGCCGCAGCCGCUCAGCAGGAAGACGCGCGCAGCACCGACAGCCGCUCGCCUGCAUCAGCUCAGGAGAAGGUUGCCAGAAUUUACCAAGAAGAACUGGCUAAGCUGAUGGGUCGUCGACUUGAGGAUUCUUUGAGAGCAGCUCAAGGCGGGGCCGGACCAGGUGGACCUGGACAGCAUUUCCCUAGUCUGUUGUUCCCUCACUUCUUUGGCCCAGGCGGCCCUGCCGGUGGCAUGGACCGCACCCACGACGAAAUCCGCAUGGCCCUUGACGCGUACCACCGCGAACUGGCCAAGCUGAACCACAACGCCCUGCAGGGCGGAAACAUCCCUCCCGGCCUGCUGGGUCUGCACCCGCAGAUGCCGCUGAUGAACGGUUCAGGUGGAGGCGUGCAGGACCUGUCGCUGCCCAAGGAGCGGCCGUCCAGUGCGCGCGACAUGAAGCACUCGCCGCACCACUCGAGCAGCAGCAGCCACAACGGACCCUUGUCCGAUGUUGAUGACAAGGGGUCGGUGGCUAAAGAGCUGAGUGCGGCCACCGAGGCGGCCGUGGCCGACGCCCUGCGCCACGCAGGCAGCGCCUUCUCCCUUGUCAGACCAAAAGCAGAGCCGAGCAGCCAAGCCAGCAGUGGUUCCUCCACAGCCCCCAGUCCACUGAAUUCCAUCUUGCCACCCACAGGCCCUGAAGACUUUGCCACUUCCUCGGCCAGUCCCUUGCAGCGAAUGGCUUCGAUCACCAACUCGCUUAUCUCAACACCCAACACACCGUCCCACCACAGCCCGGCCCAGCGACCCCUCAAAGCGGUGCUGCCGCCCAUCACGCAGCAGCAGUUUGACCAGUUCAACAACCUCAACACCGAAGACAUUGUCAAGAAGGUCAAGGAGCAACUUAGUCAAUAUUCCAUAAGUCAACGCCUCUUCGGCGAAUCAGUCCUUGGAUUAUCUCAGGGUUCAGUGUCAGACCUGUUGGCGCGACCCAAGCCGUGGCACAUGCUCACACAAAAGGGACGCGAGCCUUUCAUUCGCAUGAAGAUGUUCUUGGAGGACGAGAAUGCGGUGCACAAGUUGGUCGCCUCACAAUACAAAAUUGCUCCAGAGAAGCUGAUGAGGACCGGCGGCUACGGUUCCAUCAAUCCUCCUGGAUUCGAACCUAUGAACUUUGGAAUCCACAGAGAUGUUAGCCACUUUCAUCCCAAGGCCAGCAUGAAAUCUCCGGCCCAGAAAACGCCAAAGCUGCAUGACCCCAUGGCAAAAGCAAUGGAAUCCGCGGCCGCCGCUCUCGGCAACCCGAUGGCCCUCCUGCCCAGCUUGGUGCCACCCUCUGCACAGUCCACCCCUUCCUCCACCCCGUCUCUACCGCCCCCAAUGCAGACGCCACCCACCCCCUCACCAGGCUUGCUGAGGCAUCCGGGCAGUCCACCAAUGACCCCCGACUCACCCAGCUCAGCGGCGUCGCUGCUCAAGAAGCACUCGCCUGCUGGAAACAUGCCGAGGGCCAUGGCCGCGGCCGCUGCGGCCAUGCAGCAGCCCAGUGUGUACGAAAUGGCCGCCCUGACGCAGGACCUGGACACGCAGUUGAUCACGACAAGAAUUAAGGAGGCACUGCUUGCCAACAAUAUUGGGCAAAAGAUUUUUGGUGAGGUCGUUCUUGGCCUAUCUCAGGGCUCGGUGAGCGAAUUGCUUUCGAAACCGAAGCCUUGGCACAUGCUGAGCAUCAAGGGUCGCGAGCCAUUCAUCCGCAUGCAACUGUGGCUGACCGACCCGAACAACGUGGACCGGCUGCAGCAGAUGAAAAGCGAGCGGCGCGAGGCCAACAAGCGUCGCCGCACCACCACUGGCAACAACGGCCCGACCGACAACAGCAGCGACACGUCGUCCAACGACACUGCCGACUUUUACCACACCAAUGACGGCAGCCCCGGGCCUCCAAGCGCCAAAAAGCAGCGCGUCCUCUUCAGCGAGGAGCAGAAGGAGGCCCUGCGCCUUGCCUUCGCGCUUGACCCCUACCCCAACAUGGCCACCAUCGAGUUCUUGGCGUCCGAACUGAACCUGGCCGCGCGCACCAUCACCAACUGGUUCCACAACCACCGGAUGCGCCUCAAGCAGACCAUCCCGCACAACAACAAUGACGCCUCGCCGCCGGCGGCGCUCUCGAACUCGAACUCGUCGACCUUUGACCCGGGUCACUUCCGCCUGCUGCUGACCCAGCGCCUCACCGAGAUCCACAAGGAGCGCGGAGGCGGCGCCAUGCCACCCUUCCCCUUCUUCAACCCCUCCGUGGCGGCCAUGGUUAGUCCGGCGGCGGCCGCCUCCAUGCCCCAGCUGCCCCCUCUGCCCCCGCAACACCUCCUGAUGGCGGCGGCCAUGCGAGAACAGUUGUCCGGACUAGACUUGAGCAUGACCUCGCUGAAGAAGGAGUCGGACGACGAGGAUUCCGGCGACGACUCGGACGCCGACUCGAACGGCUCGCACGACUUCCGCAAAACCGAGCGCGUGACCGCCACCCCCGCAGCCGCCCCCGCCAGGUCGUCGAGACGAAAACCGGCGGCGCCGCAGUGGGUGAACCCGGAGUGGCAGGCGGACGAGAAGGACAAGGACGAGACCAAAGACUCGCCGCCGGCCAUCAUCAACGGCGUCUGCGUCAUGCAGGGCAACAACUUUGACUCUCUGCGGAGGCGGAGCGGCGAGCUGGACGACGAUACGGUGCGCAUCGAGCCCACGGCCGCCGACAAAAAUGCAGAAAAGGACUUGAGUCUGGAGGAGGACAAGGACGAGGUGUCCGGCGAGCAGACCAAGCUCGAGUUGAACGUGACGAGUGCAGAGCAGGCGGACGAGGACGACGACUGGGAGCAGAAAAUCGAGCAAGACAAACAGCGCCAGGCCAAGGUGGACAGCAGCAAUGCUGCCGAGGACUGGGAUUUUUAAGGAAAAAGACUUUUACCAAAACGAACACUCAAAUGUGAAAUCAACGAAUCCGUAACUGAUAAGAAGUGAAUGGUCGUUGUUGAAUUUGCAAAAACGCUAUCCUCAGUUAAAAGUGUCGGACGGCUGCCUUUGUAUCGGAAAAGGGCCAGUACACGAUAGAGAAAGAGAGAGAGGUGGAAUUUAUAUAGAUUGAAAGUGUUCUCUCUUGAUUAAGGUCGCACAUACACACACUCACGUAAAAAUCUCAUCUUCCCUUCUCAUUUUUUCCCGAAUUUCAAAGAUAUAUUAUAUGGAAAUAAAUGCUGUAUAAAUUAUAUAUGAUUUCAAUAGUCCAAGACUGUUUGUAUAGAUAUAAUUAUUAAUUGAUUACUUAAAAACCGCGAUUUCGGGGAGUGACUUGCAAAGCUGAGUUGAUAAUUAGGCAUGUGAUAGAGUUUUGAAUAUAAACUAUAGCGGCAGUCGAUUUUCAAAACGGUAGUAAAAGUGCACGCGCGGUUGAAAACAGCCAGCACCUUCGGAAGCACACUUCUUAUUACACGCGUUUUUUUUUUUAAAUAUUAAGCGAUUAGCAGAUUUUCGUUUGAAUUACCUGUUGUUAAAGCAUACGUCAGUGUAUCAUUAAUUGUAAAUAUGUGAUAUAUCAUACCAAUUUUAAUUAUUAUUACUCUAUGAAUUAGUUUGUAAUGUGUUCGAUCACUCGGUUAAAAACGUGUUUUUUUUUUAUUAUUCUCAAUAGCUGCUAGUGACUCUCGCCCGAACACCUCUCCAAUGAUUUUUUACUUAAUAUGGUUUAUUUUUUUUCCACUCGAGCAUUUUUUGCUUCUAGUCUCUCGGCUUUUAAUUCGACUAUUUUGAAUUGAUGAAAUGCAUUUUUUAUAUACGUUUAUCCGCGCGAGAAAUUAGAGCGAGUAGUCUUUCAAUUUAAUUAAUCCAACGAACGAACGAGAACGGACAUUUUAAUUCACGCAAAGAUAUAUAGGAUGAGUCACGCCAAAGGCAGUCACUUAAGAUAGUGAUACAGAAACCACUCCUAAUUUAAGUUUCCUCUCCUCUCGCGUUUUCCUUUUGCAACAAACCAACUGAUUUUUAUUCGCGAUAAUAUUAUAAAACUAAAUGUGGAGUUCUUUGAAUCAAAGAGCUUCCAGAAAGGCGCAUUGUCUACUUAACAAAAAUGAAUAAUGGCCUUUUUCAGCCCGAGAGAAGUCUCCGUCAGGAUGGAAAUAUAUUACAAUUAAAUCCGAAAUUAAUAAGUGCGUUUUUUUUUUGUUCGAGUAGCUUUAAAAUUCAAAGUCGUGUUAACUGAUUGUCGAUCAACUUGAGCCAGUGUCAAAUAUGGGAAAACAAAUUUCUCUCACGCACAUCACUCCUCUCACUCAUUAUAUCUCUUGUUUAAUGUGUACAACAGCAGUGAUAGAUCUUAUAAAAAAAAUACAGAUGGAUUAUAUUAUUAUUCUUGCACGCGACAAAGCACACACUCUGAGCGAGAAACGCCGAUUUUCUCGCAGCUCUGUAUUGAUAAAGAAAAAAAAACUCACGCAAGCUAAUCGACUUAUAGAGAAACACGCAAUGGAAAUCAGUGCAUAUUAAGACAGGACGAAAACCGACCCACGCGCACCCCCGACCCCCAUACGAAAGUAAGAGGCCCUUUCCAAAGUGGAUGUUCAUUAUUUAUAUAAUUGCUUAAAAAAAAAAACUCGUAUAUAAAUACAUUAAAGUAAUUGUGAUUGUUUGUCCCCUUGUUGAAUUUGUGAGCAAAAGCAGCGAGCACUCUGUGAAACAAAAUGAAUAAGAUUUCAUUAUAAAACAUAAAUUGCAGUCGAUGUGUGUAUCGAUUGGCUCUUUCUAUUUAUAACGAUAUUUGUGAGACCGAGUUAAACGUGUUGAUUUUUGUUGAUGACUUCUUGUAUUAAGCGUAAUUAAGGAACACACUCGCGAGAUCAUUUUCUCUCUGCAUUUCUAAUAGGAAGAAAGGAAUAAUUAAAAAAAACCAGCAUCAACAAACAAUUCAUUCAUUCUCAAGAUGUAUAAGGUGAAAAUUUAUAUAAAAGAUAAAGUGAAUACUGGAGCCAGUUACCGAAGAGCGUAGUGAAGUAAGAAUUGUAUUAAUGAUAUAUAAUGACAAAAAGGAGAUAUCAAUAUUUAUAACGUAAGUGAGAAGAAGAUGUGUACAUAAUAACAAUUCAAAAAUAAUCAUAUCAUUACCGCAACAACAUUUUUAAUGAAGGUGACAAAAAUAUUCGUAAAAAAAAAAAAUACUACCGGGGACGAGUGUUUUGUUCUCUCCCCUGAUAUGCAACAUGUUAGUAAAAAUUUCGGAAUAAUUAAAAAAAAA